UGAAAGGCUGUGUCAGAUCUGAUCAUCCUCUGGUCAUUCCUGAUCAUCCUCUGGUCUCCCUCGAUCAAUGCUAGCUUAUACCACGGACUUGGAUCUAAUUCCGUGCUUAGACGGACAUCAUUAGGCAGUUCUAAACUUGAACGGUCUUUUACUAUUAGUCAUCGUGUCCACUCUUUUCUAGAUAAGUAUAUUAAUCAAGAUACAUGUAACCCAGAAGUCUAGUAUGUCUUGACAAUAUCAUGAAACUGUAUAGAUGGCCUUGGGUACCUGAUAUUUGACGGCCAAUAUUUAAACAACUUUACAAGUCAAGAUAAAUUGUCAAAGAUGAUUGUGAACAAAUGAUGAAUAUAUGGAUUAUUACUCGAAAUAAUUACGAACAUAAUUCACAUAAAUCAAUAAAGAUAGGAAACUACAUAUUGAUCUAUUUGAGUCAUGAGAAAUCCUGUCAUUCGCUUGAAAUAGUAUUCCAGCAUCUGAAACUAACAUGCACUAUCACUCCAGCGCUUGUAAAACAAUGAUAUCCGCCGUCAAGCGUUUGCGCGCAAUACACAAUGUCCGUGGAAUGUUUUAGUGGGGACACGCCCUCAUCCUUAUCAAGAUCCUUUGUUUACAAGCGUUUGAGAGACCUAGCAGCGCACCUGUAGGAAUUAAAUACAUGAGUCAACUCGGCCAUCUGGUGAAUCUAUUUCUUGAUUCGAGACGGAUGUAGAUUUUAUCAUGGGAUGAAAGUACUUUAUAUUGUGACAGUUUCGACAAAUUAUUCAAAGGAUUUAUAACAACUGACGUUCGGUAAUUCAUCAGAUGUCUAGAUUGCCAUUGAAAACUGAGCUAAGAUGUCGCUAAAAAUACCUCAAUAACAAAAUUUACCGUUAUUUGGAAGUUAGAUCUACAGAAGGGAAUCUACACAAAUCAACCAAAACAAUGGAUCUACCGGAGGAUUCCGAAAGUGAACCAAAUAUUGAUCACAACAAAUUAUCAAAUUUAGCAUCAUGAUAAAAUCUCCCCAACCAUUAUGAACAUAAAUCAUCACUAAUGGUUAUAAACAAUGGAGAAUAAGUUUGGUGUCACUUUGAAAUCGACUGGUGCUGGAAAGCCCACGGACCGUAAUUUUAAGCCUGCAGCUUCAAAUGCUUCUGCAGGAAAGAAAUCGAGCGUCUCAGGACCCCCUAAAAAGUUCACAGAUCUGAAAGCACGUUUCGAUGAUAAUGAUGAGAAAAAAGACCAAGUUUCAAACAAAACAGUUCGGUCCCCUGUGACCAAACGAAGAGAGUUCGGUACAGAUUAUUCAGCCAAGAAAAGCAACAGUAGCUCGUUUGACAAAGGAAAGCUAAGCCAGACAACAAAGUUGGAAAGACACGGAGAAAGUGGUCUUAAAACGAAUGUUGCAAGCCGUGGAUCUUCUGAGCGAAAAACAAAGAUUGAAGAAAAGUUAAGACAAGAUACGCAGGAUGACAACGAUGGGGCCCAGAUUGCAGUCGGAAAAGUGUUCACCCGUCAGGACAGCAAUACUUACACCGCGACAGUGGAGAACCGUGUCCAGAGACAGGGGUCUUCGGAUGACCCCGUAGACAAGGUCCAGGCCAGUAAUCUACUGACCGGACAACUGGCGAUGCUAAGGAUAAGACCUGGUAGUGGAGGCAAGAAGGAUGAACGUACAACAUUCUCCAGUCGGACCGUAGAGAAAUCUAACAAUGGCUUCAGUAAGGUGGAAAGUACGACUACAACAGCAAGUAGAAACUUUAACACAAAGAGCAAACCUUUCUCAACCAACUCUGAGAGUAGUGGAUCCCCAAAAAUCGGGAAAAAAUUUGCAUCAUCUUCAAGUGCACCGAUGGAAUUUGGUCUUUCAUUUUCACCGAAGAAAAGUGAUGAUAGUAAAUCUCUAUUGAGUAAGAAAAUUUCUUCACAUAGUAGACAGUCUAGUAGUGAUUCAAUAGGGAGUUCCACUAGUAGUCCUCGAUCUAAUACAUCCACAGAUCUCGUGCAGUUGGAUUCAUCUUCUAUAAAAAAGCUUGAUGCACUCCUUGGAACAGGAAAAGUGGAACACAGAGGAAAUAGGGUAGAAACAAAGACUGUUACAAAAACCAUGGAAACGGGAGUGAAGAGACCGGGCAGCCCAAGGACCAUCGUCACGGAAACGAAAAUUGUGACAACCAGUGUGUCAAAAAAACCGGGUAUUAAUAAAACUAUAAGAUCUCGUGAGGAAGUCACCACGUUCAGCACCAGCCAAUCAGAGAGUCAUACUGGUCAAACGCGAGGAGGGAAAAAAACGGAUGUUAUAAAGACCUCUAGUGGUGACACGAAGCCCGACUGGUUAGAUAAAAGUCAGCAACUAGUCAGUAAAUUCCAAACCAAAAUGAAACCAACAGCAAGAGAUGUUUUAGUUAAUGUUAGCGAUAACUCAAAUGUGAUGAAGUCAAGAACAGCUUUCAUCAAACCAGCAGACAGGACAGUAAAGCAACUUACAGUUUCCAAGGCAGCAGGUGUCAAUAAACCAGGUAAAACAGAUAUAAAUAGCAACAAAAUGGCACCUGCUUGGGAAACGAGAGUUGCCGCUUCAAGUCUCCAACGCCGAUCGUCAGAUCUGUCUGAUACAGGAAGUGACAUCAGUAGCCGCAGCUCUAGUAGUUUACCGAGCACGAGCAGUAGUGACAUACUAAAGAUAAAACAACGCACAAUCAGGAAAUUGGAACCAGGUAACUUCAAAAAGAUCAUGGGCAAUUUUGAAGAAAUAUCAAAAAGUGGAAGCACAACUCCCGAACGAAAAAUGUCGGAUCCAAAAAUUGAAUUUAAGAAACCUCUAUCAAGAGCCAAAAGUAUUGUGUUAGAGCGUAAAAAUUCUUUUGAGUGUCCACCAUCACCGCCCAUCUCUCCUAGGGAUGCAACCCAGUUAGUUCUGAAAGAGACAGGACCAAUACCUAAUGUGAAGAAGUUUGCCAAGGAGAUAAAUUCUGGACGUGUACGUGCAUUUAGUACAGGAAGUAUCAGGGAUUCUGGAAGCGAACAAGAAUAUAACGAUGCGUUAAGUCGUCGUCAUGCCAAGGAUUGGCCGAGCAGUGACCUCAGCAGUGAUGAAAAUGAGGCUCUAUAUGAGUUAGUUGGAGAUCCAGGUGUAGAAGAUGGAGAUGGAAAAGCACGGCAUAGUCGUAACAUGAACCGAAGACUUGGCCAGAAAAGCCCUGAUUUAGAUAGUGGGAAAGGGGUACAUCGUCCUAGUUUUGAGGAACAGAGUUCGUCUGACAUGACCACAGAAGGUAGCAGCAAGGACGGGACACUGGAAAGUACAGAUGAUCGAGCUGCCGAGGGAGAUGCAGAGAAUGACUCGGAUAGCAGUAACUCGGGUAUCUAUGAACCUAUCGACCAGGACUGGGUCAACAAGUUAAAAAUAGAACGUAGUGAACAGCCCCCGGAACUUCCAGCAGACAGGAAGAAGAAGAAGAAAAAGAAAGAUGGUAAUAAAUCAGGGGCUGCAGCGCUUGGUUCCAAACUGAAAAAGUUCUACAAUAAACCAAAGAAGAGUGGAGGCGAGCCCGGGCUUUCUAAAGUCUCCUCCGCUCCACAACUCUGUUUAUCCGAACAGUCCACAUCCUCUGGGGUGUUGAACAAGAUUGGAGAUAAACUGAAAUUAAUCACUCGUGCCAAAAGUUCAGAUCCAAAAUUGUUGACGGAAGCGGAAGUGGUAAUAUCAAGCAGUGAAUACGACGCGGAGGGUUACACGGAGGAAGAUCGUGAGGCCAACACUAUGAGCAUUCCACUGGAGGACAUUGUGUAUAUUGACUCAUCGUCCAGUAUAGAUCAGGCCGAGUCACCUGACACUGAUAACCGUUAUAAUUAUGAGGACACUGCGCCCCCGCUACCCCCAAGGGUUGCGUCAGAUGAGGAGGAAAGUGCCCCUAAACCACCACCAAAGACUCGCUCCAGCAUGAUCAAGACAUUAGACACAAACUUGGGACUUGUACCAAUGCGACCCCCAAAGCGGAACAGUUCACGCCCUCAAUCAGAGGACGAGGCCUCCACUCCUGCCCUGCCCCCUAGGAACCGUGUCUCAACCAAUGUCAAUCUAGAUACAGUUGUGCCAGUCACACCAGGGAUGGUAACUACUGCACACUCCACCGGCGAUCUCAGGAAGCCAAAGGGCCAGUGGCAUGCCAGUACGGACAGCUAUCUCCAUGGACACAUGCUACAGUCCAGCAGGGACACUGACCAUUCUGAUGGACCUCCUGCACCACACCGUUCCAAUAGUGGUGAAGAGAACAUUUACAUUGAAUGUGAUAGACCAGGUGCUCAGGAACAAGAGGCGAACAAACGUCCACUAGAAAAGAAACUGUCCUCAUUAUACAUGAAGUCAGCUGAUGUAGCCAGUGCGCCUGAUAAAAGUCCUACAAACCAGAAAUCAAAUGGGCCAUUCCAAGAUAUCCUGAUGUUUCAAUCACAGUACCAGAACACUGCGGACGACAACAUGUACCUCGACCUGAACAGGAUUAAGUGUAUACAGCCGGUGUUACAGAGAUUCGCUACCAUAGACCCAGAGGACGAGGACCAACUGUACGGGACGCUCGGGGAGCGCUACACACCCAAAAUCUACGCCACAGAGCCUCUGUAUCAGUAUUAUCACAAAGACAUGGCAUCCCGUGCUAGCAAGAAAUGUUCUGUGAUGCACGCACAGAGUGACGACGAAGAAGAUGAUGAGAGGAUCUAUGAGGCAUUGGACGAUGUGAUAGAAUCUCCGGGGGAGACAAAAGCUGACCGGGUAAAGACAUCAACGUUGGAGAUGUUCACCAAGAAAACGGGCAGCGCAAUGAGAGCUUUGUGGUGUGAAAUGGCCGAGGUCAAAAAGAGCGGUCUCUUGGAAACGUUAUCAUCACAAGAACGAAAGAUCCAAGAGGCAACAUUUGAAAUCGUCACGUCAGAGGCUACAUAUCUUCGCAGCCUGAAUGUGCUGAUUGACACUUUCCUCCGUUCACAAGAAUUCUCUGCAGAACAUUCCGAUCGCUGUGUCCUCACACGACAGGAACGGCAUGUCAUUUUCUCCAAUAUAGGAGCCAUUAGAGAUGCAAGUGAAGGAUUUCUCUCGGCACUAGAAGCUAAAUGGCAGGAGUCUGUUUUAAUGGAAAAUAUUUCCUCCAUCAUAGAGAGCCACGCCAACACCAAGUUUGAGUGUUAUGUCCGUUACUGUAGCAACCAGACAUUCCAGGAGCGUCAAGUUCAGGAACUUAUGAAGAAGCCGGAGUUUUCGGAUGCGAUUCGGCGGAUGGAGAGCUACCCUGACUGUCAGGGUCUGCCCAUGAUGUCCUUCCUCCUCCUUCCCAUGCAGAGAAUCACGCGCCUGCCCCUCCUUGUGGACGCCAUCUGUCACCGCAUGGAGCCAGCCACUGAGCAGCACAAGGGUGCCACACGAGCUCUCGAGGCACUAAACAGGGUGGUACGGAAAUGUAACGAUGGAGCCAAAAAGAUGCAACAGACAGAACAGAUGUGCCGCCUUGUACAAAACCUGGAAUUCAAGGUCAAAGAAAUCCCACUCAUAUCUGCUUCCCGAUAUUUGCUGAAACAAGGAGAGUUAACGAGGGUACUAACAGACACGUCAAGCCGACUUCCACUGAGGAAGGGGAAAACAAAACAAGCCAUAAACAUCUUCCUGUUCAACGAUAUCAUCCUCAUCAGCAAAAAGAAAAGAAAUAGAUUCUCGUAUAGUUUCACGCCUCAGAACAUUAAUGAGCUACUUAAUACCCAGUAUGUGGUCUAUGAUCACGCGCCAAGAAAUUCCCUACAUGUUGAGAUGCUUGAAAGUACUGACAAGUCGCGGUACCUCCCUCAGGGCGCACCAAGCGGAUGUAAAAAUCUCUUUGUGGUAGUCCUGCUGGAAAACCAUGAACAGAAACAUACCGAGCUCAUCCUUUCCUGCAAAUCUACGAGUGACCGAACAAGAUGGAUAGACUCUCUGAGUCCAUCAGCCAAGGAAAACGACUCUGAGAAAAUCUACGAGGAAUGGGAUUGUCCUCAAGUACAAUGCACAAAGAAGUACUCGGCUACGGAACCUGAUGAACUCAGUCUUGAGGAAUCGGAUGUCAUCAACGUCUUUAAGAAAAUGGGUGACGGCUGGUAUGAAGGGGAGAGAAUCCGUGAUGGAGAGAGAGGCUGGUUCCCGUCAGACUACACCAUGGAAAUCGUCAACUCCCAUGUCAGGGCACGAAACUUACGUCUCCGAUACAGACUGUUACUGGCCUCACAGGAUUACGGCGAUGUGUACUCUUGAUCCAGGCCAUAAACAGGCUUUGAAAUAAAGCUGACAUAUUGUGUGGAAUAUUUUGUUGGUAUUGACCGCACCUCCAGGUCAUUGUACUACUCUGAAGACAAUCAUGAUUACUGACAGAGAAGGAUGAGAUUUAACUGAUCAAGGCAUUUUUCGUCAACAGGAUCUUUUCAUGGAAUGAUAAGGAGCUGUAAGAUUUACUCAAAUAUUUCAAGGAAGAUUUUGAUGGAAAUAUGACAAGGAAUACUCCAAAGUGAUGUCUGUGUGUUAAGUUUCUACUCAUGAGUGCGAUUUCUUCAAGGUGGAGCUAGAUUGUAUUUAACAACACAACCUACAUUGAAUUGUCCCUGGACGUGAACCCUUGAUGACUGUAUCCCAAUGGAAGGAUCAAACUGUGUACCACCAAUGUGUAAUGCUAGCAGUGUUAUAUGUGUAAAUUGAUCAAUUUUGUAUUUAAAAUUCACCUGUGAAUCUAAUGGAUAGCAGCACGUCAGUACAGUGUUUCAGAGGAGCCUGUCACGGAAGUAACUAACACAGAUAUAAGGGACGUACUUGACGGGUAUAUUUACUGACAUUUUACUGGGUCAAGGACUUGUGUCCCGAUGAUGUGUGGGAAAUUUCACCCAAAAUUGAAAUUUCAAAUGACAAGCAGAACUUGUAUCGGAAUUUAUCUGAUAAAUGCUGGCAUUCUUCAAGUGAAAUUUUAAAAAGGGUAAAAUAUUGAAAGUCGUGUCAUAUUUGACUUAAUUUUUAUUCUGCCAUUAUUGUAUUACAAACUGAAACAGAUUUCAAAAAUGGCUGUUAUUCCAUUUAGAUUCUUGUAUGAUGUCACUGGCCCGAGUCAGUGACCAGUGACCAGCUAGUGACUGUCUAGAAUGUACCGGUCCUGGGUUGGAAUCUCAUUCAGACUGUAUGUUGAUGAUAUUUGUCUAAAUAAACCCUUUACUUACCAAGUUGUGUAACUUUAUAUUCUAAUGUUGUCUAAAUUUCUGAUACUGCAGCUAUGUGGAUUUCUCUUACAUAUGGACUACACAAAAACACACAGACUUUGUCUACUGUAGCAUUCAGCAUUAUGUACCGGUAUAUACGCCCGGCAUUGUUUUAUAUAACUCUACAGGAUUGACUGGUAUCCGAUCAUUAGGUGUUUGUUUUAAUUUAACUCAUUCACUCCUGAAGACACAUUUGAACUCUUCCAAUUCAGAGGUUGGAAUAGUUCAUCACAAAAUUUCAGGGGUGAAUGAGUUAAAGUUAAAUGCUGCACAUUUUACUCGCUGAAUGACUUGGAAGGCAAACGAUAAACACAGGUUUUACUAAAUACUUUUCAAAAGAUGUAUUUUCUGAAACAUGUAUACUUUAAAAAUAAAAGUUGAUGUAUUGCUAUACAUCGGCCAUGAGUAAAAUAUGUCUAUUAACCAGAAUGAAAGAUACACCACACAAGUUUAAUCAAGUAUACCCCUGUGUACUCACUAGAGUCAGCCAGCUUGUCACAACAUUGUCUUCCAAAGCCAAACUUACAUGGACAGCAGAUGUUCUCCACAGUCCAAUUCUAGCUUAAACAUUGCACUACAUCCACAUGUUUCUCUAGAUCCCCUCAUACUCAUCUCCGUUCAAGAUUUUAGUUUCUGCGUAACCAGGGACGCAUCUACUAUGGCUUUAUAUGUCUCUGGCAUAACCAAGCAAUAUUUUAUUAAAAUUUGUUGGCACAGGUGCUUUAUAUCAACUUCUUUUAUUAAAAAUAUUGUUGAACAUAUCACAGAUUUAUUCUGAUAUGACGUUACUUAAAUGUAUCUAGUUUUUACAAACAGAAAAGGGACCUAAUGGGACUGUCACAUUAAAACACUGGUAGUAGUAACCAAUUACAGGGCUAUAUAUACUACCACCCAUAUAUCAUUGAUAACGGUUAUGUGACAGGUUUGAUUACAGAGUUAUGUCCCCUCAGAUGUGAUUGAACUAAUAAAUAUAUCAUUUGUCAAUAUUACAUUUCAUUGUUGUAUUUGUCACUGCAAUAUAUACUGUUUUGAUUUUUUUCACAUUUUUUCAAAGCAGCAAUUUUGUAUUCAACAUUGGUUGAGUUAUCACAUUUGAAAUCAUCAUAAUAAACACUUUAUCCUGUUAAUUGAUGGACCAGUAUAGAUUUACUAAACAAUUUACUUAUUAAUAUAUUUUGCUAAAUGAUUUGACUUGAUUUAUUUUUGUAUUCAUAUUCAAACAGGUACAGUUUGUCAAAUAUCAUGAGUAUUCAUAAUGGUUAUUGUAAUUGUUGUUUUAUGAAAUACUGUUGUAAUUAAUAUUAUUCCAAAAUAAUUUCCAGGAUUGAAGGCAUAGUGUUUGAUGUGAAGGGAAGUGAACUCUAUAUAGUGUUUGAUAUGAAAGGGAGUUAACUCUACUUAGUGUUUGGUAUGAAGGGGAGUUAACUCUACAUAGAGUUAGCUGUGAAGGGGAGUUUACUCUUCAUAGUGUUUGGUAUGAAGGGGAGUUAACACUACAUAGAGUUAGAUGUGAAGGGGAGUUAACACUACAUAGUGUUGGAUGUGAAGGGGAGUUUACUCUUCAUAGUGUUUGGUAUGAAGGGGAGUUAACACUACAUAGAGUUAGAUGUGAAGGGGAGUUAACACUUCAUAGUGUUGGAUGUGAAGGGGAGUUAACCCUUCAUAGUGUUUGGUAUGAAGGGGGGUUAACACUACAUAUAGUUAGCUGUGAAGGGGAGUUAACUCUUCAUAGUGUUGGAUGUGAAGGGGAGUUUACCCUUCAUAGUGUUUGAUGUGAAGGGGAGUUAACUCUACAUAGUGUUGAUGUGAAGGGGAGUUAACUCUUCAUAGUGUUGAUGUGAAGGGGAGUUAACUCUACAUAGUGUUGAUUUGAAGGGGAGUUAACUCUACAAAUUGUUUGAAAUGAUGAGGGGUUAUCUGUCCAUAGUGUUGAUGUGAAGGGGAGUUAACUCUUCAUAGUGUUGAUGUGAAGGGGAGUUAACUCUACAAAUUGUUUGAAAUGAAGAGGGGUUAACUCUACAUAGUGUAUUCAACCCUAGCAACUGUUUGGUUUAGUAGAUGGGAAACACAACACUACUGUUAUUGUUUUGACUGUUCUUAAAUAAUAAUUCCCUUUGCAAUAAAAUUUUAUGUGAGUAGCUUUGAGAAAUCUCUCGUCUGUUAUCCCUAUAGACUUGGUCGUAUUAUAACACCACAUUGAAAUAAUCAACUCAACACUGUGACACCAGCCGUCGCAUUUAAGACAAUAAACGUUAAGUAAUCUGAUGAGGCUGAAGACUUCGUGCUGGUCAGAAAAAAUAUGUUUUGAGAAUUUGUGCAUAUACUCCUGUCUCUGAGGCUUUGCUUUACUUUGACAGAGCCUUGGGAAAAUUAAAACUUCUUGACAUGUUUCAUCAAUCUCAUGCAAAAAACGAAAGAUUACUUAUACCCUUUAUAUACAAAAAUGGUUUAGUUACAAUAUUUCUUAUGAUUGGAGGUAAAAUUAUUGCUCUUACUACACUUGGCACAUUGGAAACAUAUCUUAACUUCUUUUUUUUCCAAUUUUUAUUUUGAUGUGUUUUUCAAGAUUUCAUAUAUAUUUUUUUAUUUUUAUUUUAAAAGAGUUCGUGUCUCUUGGCAAAAAGUUUUUGAACCCCCAUGAUACCUAUAAUAAAUCACACCAUUUAAAUCAAUUAAAAAAAUACUAAUUGGACAAAGGAGAGCCAUGGUAAAAUAUAUACAUGUUUUAAUAUUAUUUUUUCAAAGUUAAAUGAUUCAAGGUUUUUUAUUUGAUAAAUAACAAUAUGUACAUUUUAUAUGCAAUUCUGUAUAGGACAAUUUAUCACGAAGCUUAUUAUUAAAAUAUUAUGCAAACUUUUAAUGUCAAAGAUCGAAGUUGACAUAGCUUAAUGUUUCCUGUAAUAUUGAAGUGACUGUUUAAAUAUGUUAGUGUUGAUAUAAUGAUGUCAAUAUGUGAAGGUAUGCUGCUUCAUCCUCGUCCUCAAUAUUAGACUUGGAUCUUAUCAUUUAAAGGCCUUUUAUAUCUGGCAUAUUUUUCUUCGAAAGAGAUUAAGAUAUAUACUAUGACUUAUUGCAGAAUUAAAUCAUUCACCCCCCUGAAGAAACAUUUGAACGCUUCCAAUUCAAAGGUUGGAAAAGUUCAUUAUGAAAUUUCGGGGGUGAAUGAAUUAGAAUAUAUAAGGAGAGCUAGGUUUUUUUCCAGAAAUGACUAAUUAAAAUAAUCAGUUGAACAAGAAAAGGAUAUAACAUCGAGCUUAGUCUGUGCUCAGCUAAAAUCUGGUAAACUGACAUAAAGUCAUAUUUUUGGUUCAACUCAUUCACCCAAGAAAUUUCAUAAUGAACUAUUCCACCCUUUAAAUUGGAAAAGUUCAAGUGUGUCUUCAGGGGUGAAUGAGGAAAGGGAGGCCUUUACGUAGGGGUGUAUAAUAGUCAAAUAAUUAUGGUUGGUACCCUUUACCUUCAAUACAUUUCAACAAUUUUAAUCAAUGUUAUAUAAAGCUUUUAUAUAAUGACUAAGGUCUUAUACUAAUGUAGGUCAAAGUUCAUUGUCUUUACCUUGACAUUGCAACAUAAGUUCAUGUCUGUGAUUUGUAAACAAGGUGUUGUAUCUGCUGAAAAUGUAAUAAACACUGUUUACAACUUCCCUGCUGAUGUUUGUACGCAAUAUUGAAUGUUUAUUCCUGUUAAGGGUCCCUUUCCCACUGCAGACAAAACAAUAAAAAUUCCAUGGUAGAUUUCAUACUGGUACAUAGAGUUACCUCCCCUUGGAUUGGGUCUGGAUGCUACUGUAGUAUGACAAGGCCAUUGUCUACUGUUAACCAGGUAGCUGAGAGAGAAAAAUUCCAGUGGCACUACUUACGAUUUUGCAUUUCCAGUUUGUCGGCAUCUAAUUGUCGGGUCAUAUCGGAAGUAUGGUUUAUGGGAGAAACGAUGACUCGAUCGGGUGAGAGUUCGAAAUAUCGAUCGAGAUCAGACGAAAACGGGUCAGUUUACAGGUAUGCUGAGUGCGUAAUUUUUGUUUUUGGCAGUGGUAUGGGGCUCCUUAAGAAACCGAAUUACGUUAGGUUGUUACAGAGAAAGAGAUAUAUGUAGUCUGUAUAAUCUGCUACAUUGCUAAUACAUCAGUGUUCUGCUAAUUGUUAAAACACCUCUGCAAAGACACAACGAUUUUACUGUGUAAUUUACUUCACAGGUGACAUUUGGUGGUCUGUACAAAAGGCCUUAAACAAUGCAGUCUUAUCUUUUAUGGUUUUACUCCUUCACAAAUUAAACGCGGAGCUUUUUAUUCUGUGAUUUUCUCGUAUAUAUCUGAUAUAAAUAUCAUGUAAGUAAAUGAUUUCUCUAAUUUUAUUAAGUGCUUUUUAUAAAACAAAUUAUUAUGAUGCACUUUUUAUGUAAAGCUAUCUCUGUUUAUAUUACUGUAACACUUAAUAACAUAUUUAAGUUGUUAUUGCAGACCACUGUUAUAAUAUUGUCUAGUUUUAUAAGAUACAAAUGUUAUGUUUAGUUGAUAAGGUAUGGACAUUAUAUACUAGCCCACCAUCAUCAGAUCAAACCACCCUUCAUCCAUGGUCCUACCAUAAAAAAUUCAGUAAAAAAAUAGCAAUUUCUUAAGAAGUACAGAACAGAUCUUUCUCAAAUUUGGUAUGAAGGUUUCCCUUGGGUUCAUUGAGACUGAUCCAGGCGGCCAACUUUAUAGAAUUUCUGGAGUUCAAAAUUGAUUGCUUUUCUCAAGAAAUAAUUGACACAUCUUUCUCAAAUCUAUUGUGUAGGAUUCCUUGGGUACAUAGCUGUGCAUUUUUAUUUAUUUUGAAAUUGAUCAGAAAGACAAGAUGGCCACCAAGCAUCCUUUUUUGAGUUUGAGAGUUCAAGUGUGUUAUUGCUAUUUCUCAAGAUGUAAACAAGGAACAAUUAUCUCAUUUUGAAAGGACAUUCUCAAACCCAGCAGUAUGGAAAUUUUAAUCAAAAUUUACCACGAGAUAUAUUAAAUGUUGACAAGACUGCAAUUUAAAAGAUUAGGGACUUAGAUAGAAGUAAUGAAAAUCUUAUGAUGGUGGGUGCCAAGAUCUCUCUAGGAUCUCUUGUUAGAUAUGGACUCUUCUUUUUAUAUAUAAAUUCCUUCCUACUUUUAUGUGCCAUUCUCAGUUUCUGUCUAGUUAACCUGUUUAUUUAUGUAUACAAUGUAUAUCAUAAAACAUAUUGUACAACAUA